UUUAUGGAACUUUUCCUUAAAGUAAUUAUACUCGAGAUCAUCAGUCUUGAAACCCUAAUUACUCAAUAGCGAGUUAUAUAUCUCUCUGUAUCGGAUUCGGAGAUUACUUCCUCUCCAAGAUUGUGCGUGCGAGAUGGGUUCGUCUUUUCGUCUAGCGGUGAUGCAACGUGGGAGUAAGAAGAAGAGAAGAAGAAGAAGACAACCGGAGAUUCCUAUGGAUGUGGUGAUGGCGGAGAUCCUUACGAGACUACCAGCUAACUUACUGAUGAGAUUAAAAUGCGUCUCAAAGCUUUGGUCAUCGCUCAUCAGCUCUCGCUACAUGAGAAACCGUUUCCUAACUGUCCCAUCCCCUCCUCGUCUUUACAUGUCUUUGCGGGAUCUCACUGAAUACCGUAACUGUAUGUUACUUACGUUGUCUCCAGACACUGCUGCUCCGUCAACCUUUGUAGUUGACCACAACCGGAAUAUAUCACGGAUGGAAAGCCACGUCUUGCAAAAUCUUGGUGGCUUCAUGUGCUACUGCUUUUCGGGUAAGCCACGGCUCUUUAACCCUGUCACCAGACAACUUGUGACCUUACCCUCCAUAGAAAAAUACAUCUUCAAACUUCCUCCAGAAGAAGGUAGUAGCUCCUGUUAUUCUUAUUGUUUUUUCGGACUAGACCCUUCUAACAACCGCUACAAAGUGCUCUGCUCCUUUGGUGUAUACUUGGAAGAUUCGAAAGAGUAUAGCUCUGAGCAUAGGGUCUUUGUCCUCAAACCUGGAGGAACAAGAAGAAGAGGUUCCUGGAAAAAGGUGGCUCCAACUCCACCAGACUUUCUUCGUCACAUUUCGAUCCCACGAGGACUGUCUAUCAAUGGGUUUAUAUAUUACCUGGCUUGGACUGAUGUGCUCAAAUCUACCGUUGUGAGUUUCGACACUAGAUCCGAAAAGUUCAUGGCAAUGCUGCAGUUACCUUGCAAGAACGUAUAUCAGCUGCCUGAAGUGGUGGCCGAGAAUUUGACUCUUAUAGAGUACGGUGGAAAAGCAACUAUAUUUGACAAAACCAAUCUUAGAGACAAGGGUUUGGUGGAUCUAUGGGUUGUGGAAGAUGCCGCGAACAAGAAAUGGUCUAGGAAGACUCUCGUUUUGCAGCCUUCUCAGCUCCAUCUGGUCAAUAACAUUAUACUCAAUGUAAGAGGUACAACCCAAAAUGGCAAGGUUCUCCUGGUACCACACGAACUUAUUUCUCCCUUUCACGUUCUCUGCUAUGAUCUGCAAAGCAAUGAUAUGAGAAAGAUCGAAAUCAAAAGUAUACCGGACCACUGGUUUAGUAAGGACAAAGCUAGCGUAGAUAUUGACUUGAUGUUUAUGGACCAUAGUGAGAGCAUCCUCUACCUGGAGACUUGAAUUAAUCGGCCUUUCUACCUCUAGUGCCAUUUCUUGUUGACUUUAUAAUUUAAAGAAUGAAUCGUUUGUUUUUCUUGUUUCAUUUUAUGAGCACUCUCUUUUGAUAUAAGUCUUUUACGUUUACUACAUCUACCUCUCUGUCUAGACUGAGUUUAUGAGGUUGGAUUGAAAUGACCCGACUGGUCCAAACAAGGAAAAAUCUCCCUGACUUAUAAAAAAUAAAUGCGUAAGGUUAUAUCAUUCUUGUAACUCUCUGUGAGAUUAUAUAAUACUUCAAUCUAAUAGAACAAAAAAAU